GCACGCCAGGGAUGAAAUGCAGGUGUCUCCGCGUUGAUCUUUGGCAUUCCCCUCCCCAGCGGGGGAUAAAGGCAGCUCUACCCCACAGACCCCCCCCUCUUUUCAAGUCCAUGAUUCCUGCUGUAAGACAAUUGAAGGCUCCUCGAUAUUAUCCAGCUCAACAUGCGAUUAUUAUGCACACCCCCCAGGAUCCACCUGAUAGCUCUGCUAUGUAGUCUGGUUCCAGCCAUUGCUGCCACACAAGAAGACUACUCUCAGUAUGUGAACGCCUUAAUGGGCUCAGAAGGCCCCAUGCCAGGCAAAGGCUACGGAGGAGGCGAUAUCUUUGUUGGGGGCGCUCGGCCAUUUGGCGUGGCCAAGGUAGGUAUCGACACAACAGCGGCGAAUUGGAGCCUAGCGGUUCUCAACGGGGGCUGGACGCCAGAUGGGAAUGUCACGGCUAUCACGAUGAUGCAUGAGAGCGGUACUGGAGGCGCACCGAAGUAUGGAAUCAUACCCCAGAUGCCGCUCACAUCCAUUGCGCCGCCAGUGAAUCUUCUCGACAACUUGACGUACUCUCAGCCCAGAGUCGGUAAUGACACAGCCAGCGUGGGCUACUUUGCGACAAACCUGCAGAACGGCGUUCGGGUCGAGCUCUCGGCUUCUCGCCACGCAGGGAUCAUGCAGUACAGCUUUCCCGAGGGUGAAAAGCAUAUACUGGUAGACAUUUCGCAUUAUCUUCCCGGGUCGCCCCAUGACCCCAACGGCCAAUUUUACGUUGCCGGCGAAAUCCAGCUGGAGGACGACGGACAGGCAUACACUGGCUACGGAACGUACAUCGGUGGCUGGAACAAUGGCGCCCCGUUCACCGUGUACUUUUACGGCGAGUUCUCGACUGCCCCAGAAACAGCUCGUACCUUCUCAGGCAAGAAUACCGAGCCCAUGCCACGAUACCAGAGCUUAGCCAAUGGAGGCAUCAGCCAGCCAGUAUAUGGCAACGUGACCCAUAAGAAAGUUACAUCGGGACCAAUGAACGACCGCGUCGGGGCACUAUUCAGUUGGAAUUCUACCUCAGACGCUCAAAUCACCUCAAGAGUCGGUAUAUCUUUUAUCUCCGUAGAGAGAGCUCGCGCCUAUAUCGAGGCGGAGAUCCCGUCGUGGGUUUUGAACGAUACGGUGCAGUCUGCCGUGGAGGAGUGGAACCGGGAUGUUUUCAGCAAGACCCGGGUUGCGCUGGACGAAACAGCAAAUAUGACGCAUGUGCGGCUGCUCUACAGUUCUCUUUACUUUAUGCACCUGAUGCCCUCUGAUCGGACGGGUGAGAACCCGCUAUGGCAGUCGGACGAACCAUAUUGGGACGAUUUCUAUACAAUGUGGGACAUUUUCCGCUGCACCGUCAGCUUUUACCAAAUAUAUCAGCCUGAGUACUACGAGUCCAUGAUUCGAGGCCUGAUCGACAUAUGGAGACAUCAAGGCUUCUUGCCAGACGGGCGCUCAGGGAACUGGAAUGGGCUGGUGCAGGGCGGUUCUGAUGCCGACAAUGUCCUAGCGGAUGCAUACGUCAAGGGUCUCCGCGGCGCGAUCAACUGGACCGACGGCUACGCUGCCAUGAAGACCGAUGCGGAGGUGAUUCCAUACAACACAUGGGACCCGACGGACCCGUCGGCGAGCACAAAAGAAGGGCGCGGCGCUCUGGGCGAUUGGCUUGAGCUCGGAUACGUCUCGCAAGAUCGCAAUACGAGAUGUAUCUCAAGGACCGUCGAGUAUAGCCUGAAUGAUUUCGCGCUCAGUCAGGUCGCCUCGGGAGAGAUGCCCAGCGACCAGGAGAAGUACCUAAAUCGAUCGGCUGGGUGGCAGAACAUAUGGAAUCCCGAUGUCCGCAGCUUGAACUUCACAGGAUUCAUGGCACCCAGGUUCUCAAAUGGCUCGUUCAACAGUAGUGCAUAUGACCCGCGCUACUGUGACAAGUGCGAGUGGUUAGACUAUACAUACGAAGCUGUGCCUUGGGAAUACUCCUUCGUUAUCCCUCAUGAUAUGCAGACAUUAAUUGAUCUAAUGGGCGGCGCGGACACGUUCGAGUCUCGGCUCGAUCUGAUGUUCGCGCCAAAUAUGUCCGUUCAAGACCUUGGGCCCAAUGGAGCUGGUAUCACCACGAUCCUCAACAUAGGGAACGAACCCGACUUCGCCACGCCGUACCUCUAUAAUUACAUCAACAAGCAAGCAAAAAGUGUCCAGCAGUCGAGGGGGCUCGGAUACCAAUAUUUCAACGACGCUCCAUAUGGGGUACCCGGCAACAGCGAUGCGGGAGCAAUGAAUUCAUGGCUGCUAUGGCAGAUGCUUGGGAUCUACCCUGUAGUCACGCAGCCAGUGUACCUGAUAGCGUCGCCCUGGUUCCCGGAUCUCAACAUGACCAUCAAUGGGAAUCAGACACUGAGAAUUAUCGCGAACGGUCUGGACGAGGGCUACUUUGUGCAAAGCGUGAAGCUCAACGGGAAGCCCUGGACGAAGAACUGGUUCGAGCACGAGGAUAUCAUGGCACGUGGCGGAACGAUCGAAUUCGAGCUGGGGCCCGACAUGGCGGCGUGGGACACCGGCAGCGGGCCCCCGUCCCCGGGCCAUCGGAGCCUGUAAGGGAAACUUUGUUUGUCAGGUUGGCUACUCGGCCACAAUUACAUCUCAAAGCUCGUGUUGAUGCUAUUCUCGAAGAGCCGAAUUGGGCCAAAAAAAAAUGCUUUGUAUGAAAAGAACAUCAACCACAAGCACUGACUAGCUGUCGAUGGCGCACCUAGUUGGUGUUUUGGUCACCUAGUUG